AUGGAAUCCAGAGCAAAAUAACGGGCUGUAUGGACUGCGGGCAGAGAGAGAGAGCGAGGAAGCCUGGGAAUGUUGAGCAAUGAUGGCAUGUAAGGUUAGGCUGUGGAACCUCAGUCUCCUCCUACUUACCAUCACUCACAGAGCAACAUCAGGAGACUGCAAGGGACAGCGUACGGUGCUCCGCAGUGCCCCAGGAUAUGUGAGUGAUGGCCCUGGAAAUUACUCUGUCAAUGGAAACUGUGAAUGGCUUAUUGAAGCUCCCAGCAGCAGCUAUCGUGUGCUUCUCAGCUUUUUGUUUAUGGACACAGAAUGCACUUAUGACUAUCUCUUUGUUUAUGAUGGAGAUUCCUAUAGUGACCGUCUUUUGGCCAGUCUUAGUGGGAGCAGUCUGCCACCUACUCUAGAGGCCACUUCUGGAAAGAUGCUUCUACAUCUCUUCAGCGAUGCAAACUAUAACCUACUGGGUUUCAAUGCAACAUACAGCUUCUCUCUUUGUCCACAAGGUUGUUCUGGACAUGGCUUAUGCCAGGAAAACAAGCAGUGUUUGUGUGAUGCAGGCUGGGGUGGUGAGGGAUGCCAAGUGGCCGACUGCAGAUCCUACUGCAACCCUCAUCACGGAACCUGCAAUAAGGACACUCAGAGGUGUGUUUGUUCUGCUGGAUAUGUUGGGGAGAAGUGUGAUCUGUCAUUGGCUGAUAAUCAAGGUGCAGGCACCUGGUACAAUGUGAGCAGACUGGACUCCUCGUUCUCUCCCCGCACUGCAGCCGCUGGUGCCUUUCUCCCUCCCACCAAUGCCUUAUACAUCUUUGGAGGUCUCGAUUUGAAUGAUGCUUUAGGUGAUCUAGUUAUUUAUAAUUUCACUUCAAAUAUGUGGGAGAGAAGAACUUACAGUCAUGGUCCGACUGCUCGGCAUUCCCAUGUGGUAGUGGAGUGGAAUGACACACUCAUAUUAUUUGGUGGGGAGCUUGCUGUGGGAAGAUUGACUGGAGAUGUCUGGGUAUUUCUCCCUUUAGAGGAGCGUUGGAUGGAGCUAACUCCUCACAGCCCGUUUCAUCCACCUCCUUUGGCUAACCAUGCUGCUGCCACUGUGGAUCACUGGCUUUAUGUAUUUGGAGGACGCACAUCUCGGGAUGUUUUUUCAUCACAAAUGUUCCGUUUAAACCUUUAUUCAUGGGAAUGGGAACAGGUUCUCCCUGGUGGAGGAAAACCUCCAUCUGCUGCUGGCCACUCUAUGGUAUUCCAUGCUGCAUCUCGCUCUCUACUCAUCUAUGGAGGACACCGACCUUCCACUGCACGGUUCAGCAUGCGUGUUAACACAACAGAUCUGUUUCACGUGGAUCUAAAUUACUGGACCACCCUAAAACCACGGGAUGGCAGUCAUGGUCCCCGUGAGAGAGCAUUCCACAGUGCCACUGUCAUUGGCAACUACAUGGUGGUAUAUGGUGGAAACCUUCACAUUCACUACCAAGAGGAGAAGUGUUAUGAUGAGGAAAUAUUCUUCUACCAUCUUGGCUGCCACCAGUGGGUUCCCAGCAAGGUCCUGAGUCAGAUGAUGCCCCUACAUCAUGAACGUCAGUCUUUAGGUAGGGGGCGCUACUCCCACGUGGCAGCCCUGAUGAAAGGCAGUGUUUUAUUGGUGGCUGGAGGAUACAGUGGUACACCCCGUGGAGACAUCCUUGCUUUCAAGGUGCCUAUGUCAGUAUACCAGACGCCAGUGCAAGAUUACCACCUGGAUCAUUGCUCAAUGUAUGCAGAUGAGGGAACCUGUUUCAAAGACCCAGAAUGCACUUGGUGUGAAACUAGCUGCCAGACUUCCCAGCGCAAUAAGAAUUGCCCUGAUAAAAGCUGUCUUGGACUGGCUCGGCUACUCUCCGAUUGUCAGGCAUGCUUGGCAUUUAGCACCAAUGUGACCACUUCCUCUCAUAUUCCACGCUCCUUUGGGUGGUGUGUCCAAAAUGAGACAUGCAUGCCUUUAUCAGAGCGCUCUACUUGCCGCGUAGGACAGAUUUCUGGAACGUAUGGUUGGUGGGGUCCUGUCACCACAUUUAUCACCUCUCUGGAUGGAUGUAGAACCCAUAACUUUUUGCCUGGACUUCACCUCAUAACAUAUCAGCAGCCUCGCAAUGACUCCCAGCCCGACAGGGUUUCCAUAGUGCGCAGUACAACAAUCACCCUGAACCCUAGCACAGAAAUGGAUGUAUCUUUAGUUUACAAAGGAUUCCUUUACCCAAUGCUGAUCCCAGGGGCCUCUCCUGAACGAAUAUCUGUCUGGGCUCGUAUGCAGAGGUUCUACGUCAUUGCUCGACUUGCACGAUCUUCUAAUAGCUUAACAAAUCUGGAGGAAGUCGGAAGAUGGUCUGUACACCAGGAGAAAGAGCAUCGUCUACUGCAAAGAAAUAGCGGUGAACGUCUCUUUCCUUACGCGGACCGGGGAAGUCGCUAUGCCAUACAAAUUGAGGGUUAUCUGAACAAUACAGGCAAUGGGCACACAAGUGAGCUGAGCCUGGCUUGGGACCGCACAGGUGUCCAAGGGGGAAGUGAGAUCUCAUUCUUGUUCCUGGAGCCUCAUCGAUCAGACUUGUGCUCAUCUUACCCUUCGUGCUUGGCCUGCCUGGCAGAUCAAGGCUGCGGCUGGUGCUCACAGAACCGCACAUGUCAUCAGCGUCUGGUUGGGGACGGAGUAGAGUACUUCCAAGAUAUGCCCCUAAUUUUGUCACCAAGCAAUUGCCAGCUAUGUGAGGAAUACCGCGAUUGUGAUGCUUGCACCAAGGAUUCAUUCUGUGAAUGGCAGGUGCACAGCAGUAAAAAGGGAGACUCUUUAUGCAGUCGCAGAGGGAGAGUAAGCAGCGCUAUCCGAAAUCCUGAGGGAUGUCCUCGGGCUUGCAACCAGCGACGUACUUGUUCUGAGUGCCUGUCUAACUCCAGUCAUUGUGCUUGGUGUCAGUCCACUGGAAGCUGCUUCUAUUUUGCAGCCUACCUGGCAAAGUAUCCUUAUGGUGACUGUCGUGACUGGUACGAUAGCGUACACUCAGUUCCACAGUGCAUGGAUUGUUCCCGGUUCAACACUUGUCGUGAGUGUUUGCAAAACUUUGAAUGUGGCUGGUGCGGCAACACAGAUAAUCCCACGCUGGGCAGAUGCUUUUCAGGUGAUUACUCUGGCUUACGUGAAUAUUCUGAAUGCUCCGUGGCACUGUCUUUUGCCGGAUUUGCAUCAUCCACAGAACCAGCACAGUGGUCCUACGCUUCGUGCCCAGAUGUUGAUGAGUGUAGGUUGGAGAUGGCCACUUGCCACCAGCAUGCCACCUGCAAGAACACACCCGACUCCUAUGAGUGUCACUGUGAUCGUGGAUACAUGGGAGAUGGAGUGGCACACUGCAACCAAACGUGUUACAAUGAAUGCUCUCAUGGAACGUGCAGCGGACCCCCAUCCUUUUCCUGUCUGUGUGACCUCGGUUGGACUUCUGACAGUACAUCUGUGAAUGAGAGUGGUGUGGAGUGCAGUGUGGACUGUGGGUGUCACUUCCACAGCACAUGUACACAUGGCCCUGGAAUCUGUGACGCAUGCCAGGACUGGACCGAAGGUGCACAUUGCCAAGAAUGUCAACCUGGGAGUUUUGGUAUAGCCACUCAGAAGCCUGGAUGUCAGGAGUGUGCGUGCAACAAACAUGGGAAGCCAGAGCUGGGAUAUUGUGAUCGAAAUACAGGAGUGUGCUUCUGCACAGACAAUACACAGGGGGAGCACUGUGAGAAGUGUGCGCCUGGUUACUAUGGAGACCCCAGGAAUGGGGGCACAUGUUAUUUAGAGUGCCAUGGUCGACAGCUGAUCUCCAAUGUAUCGUCCUCUGCCCUGGGCUCUCCUGGAGGCUCGUAUUGUCUGUGGGUUCUGAGUAUAUCUCUCUAUGCGGAGCCCUGUUAUCCAGAAAACACUUGCCCAAGGCUUACUCUCAGUCUGCAGCCAGACUUUAGCAUCCCAUGCUCGCACAGUUACGUCUAUGUUUUUGAUGGGAUUCCUGCUUUUCUGGACACUGGAAUUUUGCAGUCUGACCGCAGCUUGCUGGGGGCCUUCUGUGGUCGAGGGCGAGGGGUAGAGCCACUUACAGUGGAAGCAACUACAGGACUCCUAGUUGUUUAUUAUGAAACCAACACCACAGAACCCUCUGGAUUUAAUGCCACAUACACUGUGCAUCGGUGUGACCCAUCUUGUGGACCCAGCCAUGUGUGUAUUGGACAGAGCUGUGUCUGCAGAAGCCCCUUGUCAGGACCACACUGCCAGCGUAUUGCAUGUCCCAGAAACUGCUCAGCUGGGGAAGGGAAAGGCGUCUGUAACCAGACACUUGGUUUGUGUUUUUGCGCAUCUGGCUAUGCAGGCGAGGACUGUUCUAUACAUCUGGAUUCGGGGAAGAUAGUAUGGGAGAAUCUAAUGGAUCCUCAACUAACUGCUGACACAGCUAGUCGUUUUUUGCACAGACUCGGCCACACUAUGGUGGAGGGUCCUGACAACACUCUCUGGAUGUUUGGUGGCCUGUCACUCAGAGAUGGGAUCUUGGGCAGCGUAUAUAGAUAUUCUAUAUCGGAGCGGAGGUGGACGCAGAUGUUGGCUGGUACAGAAGGGGGAGGACCAGGACCAAGUUCACGCUAUUUCCAUGCAGCAGCGUACAAUGCCAUGCGUAAUGCCAUGUAUGUACUGGGGGGUCUUACGAGCAAUGGCGCAUCAAGUGACUUUUGGAUUUUAAACCUUACUACUCUACAGUGGAGGCAAGAGCCUACUCCCCUUGUUCCAUCUGUUGCUGGUCACACGCUCACUCCUCGACAUGGAUCAUCAUUACUUCUUAUUGGGGGCUAUUCUCCGGAGAAUGGUUUUAAUAACCGUGUCUUGGAAUACAACAUUGAGCUAGAGACCUGGAAGGUUGGGCACCAGACAGGCACUCCACCCACUGGUUUGUAUGGGCAUUCUACUGUGUACCACGAGGCCACGGAUGCCUUCUAUGUAUUUGGGGGACAACGUUUUCAUGUAGAAGCUGUGACACCUUCUCCUGAACUAUACAGCUUGUACUAUCCAAACUUGACCUGGAGCCUGCUUGCACCUUCUCAAGGGAGAAAGCCUUUGUCCCACUUCUUCCAUGUUGCUGCUGUGCUGAAAGACACCAUGGUCGUGGUUGGAGGCCGGACAGAGCAGCUAGAAUACAGCAACCAAGUACUCUUUUACCAGAUCAACUGCAAUUCUUGGAUUCGACCCAAUAGAACAGAUACAGAGAUGGGCAUCCCGAUGAAUGAAUCUGUCGGACAUGCUGUUGCUGUAGUGGGAGGUCGCCUUUACAUCUCAGGUGGAUUUAACGGGGUUGCAUUGGGACGCAUGGUGACACUGUCCGUACCUUCUGACCCCUGUAUGCUGUUCACCACCGCUUUAGCCUGCAACCAGAGUGCUGGCAGUUGUGCUUGGUGUCAGCAUGGCUGCAUAUCUGCUGACACAGCUGAAAGACGCAGUUGCCCCAUGGCUUUCACAUCUUGCUUUCCAUUACCUCGAUCAGCUGAUGAUUGCAGGAGGCUGAAGACCUGCAGUGAGUGCUUAGCCCAACAUCCACGCUCAAUGAGUGCACAGCUCACAACGGGGUUACCUCGUUGUAAAUGGUGCACAAAUUGCCCUGAAGGGGCCUGUAUAGGCAGCGACGGGAGCUGCACGUCUGAAAAUGACUGUCGUAUUAACCAGCGUGAGAUCUUCCUGGCCAGUAACUGCUCUGAGAUUUCAUGCGAGGCAUCAGAUUGUCACAAAUGUACUGCUUCUGGAAAAUGCAUGUGGACACGUCAGUUCAAACGCACUGGAGAGACACGUCGAAUUCUCAGUGUGCUGCCUACCUAUGACUGGACAUGUUUCAGCCACUCUCUUCUCAAUGUCUCUCCAAUGCCUGUGGAAUCAUCCCCGCCAAAUGCCUGUCCUAUCCCAUGUCACAACUACACUACAUGUCAUGAUUGUCUAAGCUCUAAGGGAGCUGAUGGAGGAUGGCAGCAAUGCGUGUGGAGUGUGGCACUUAAACAGUGCAUGAGCCCUACAUUCCUGCCCAUGCGCUGUGCUGCUGGAGCAUGUGGUAGAGUCCUGAGUGGUACAGAAGGCUGCUCCCCAUCAUGUUCACUUCACACUCACUGUGCCGCUUGUAUCCAGCAUCCUCGCUGUGGUUGGUGUGCCCGCAGAGAAGGCAAUGGUGAAGGGGUGUGCUUGGAAGGAGGACUUAGCGGACCUGCUCAAGCUGUGUUGCGGGAGCAAUGCAGCUCCCCAGAGUCUCACUGGGCCUUCAUGUCCUGUCCUCCGGAGAAUGAGUGUCUGAACAACCACCAUGACUGUAACGAGACCCAGAACUGCAGUGACCUGCCCCUCGGAUUCCAGUGCACAUGCAAAAAUGGAUACAUUCUACACAACCUGACCGGCAUGUGCCAUCCAGUGUGUGAGCAUGGCUGUGUAAACGGAACCUGUGUGGAACCCAAUCACUGCCACUGUGAUUUUGGCUACGUUGGUGAAAACUGCUCAGUGUCCUGUCGGUGCAAUAAGCACAGCAACUGCGCUGGACUUGGGUCUGAGGACAAGUGCCUGGAGUGUCAUAACAACACCAUGGGAGACCAUUGUGAGAAGUGCAAGCCUCUCUUUGUGGGCUCUGCUGUCAAUGGGGGAACAUGUCGCCCCUGCUUGGAUUUCUGCCGUGGAAAUAGCGAGGUUUGCAUGACUCGGGAAGAACACCAGAAGGCAUUGAGCGAGCCGGAGAAAUAUCCCAUUGAUCCAAAGCUGAUCCCAGGAUGGGUGAAUCAGGGCCCCUCGGAGGAUACAGCAUUGUGUGUGCACUGCCAGAAUAACAGCCGUGGCGAUAAAUGUGAAGAGUGCUUACCUGGGUACUUCCUUCUGGAUAAACGCUGCACAAAAUGCCAGUGUAACGGACAUGCAGAUACAUGCAAUGAGCUUGAUGGGACUAACUGCCCGUGCAGCAACAACACAGAAAGUUCAAACUGCCAGAACAAUGCCCAGAUUGACAAAAGAGAAUGCUACAAACAUCAGUGUUCCAAGUGCAAAGAUUCUUUCAAUGGUAACCCAGUGAAUGGUCGACAGUGUUACAGACUGAUGACUGUGGAGCAGGAGUACUGUUUUGAUCCAACUUCACAAAGCAACUGCUUUCAUGAACCCAACAUCCAAAAUCUGCCUUUUGGACGUACUGUCUUCUUUGGGGUUCAGCCAAAAUUUACUAAUGUGGACAUUCGAGUCACUGUGGAUGUUACCUUUGGCAGUGUGGAUGUUUAUGUGUCCACUUCCUCAGACAGUUUUGCUGUUGAUGUGGACUCCUUAACGGGUGUGCACUCUGUUCGUGUAUACAAGCAGAUUGAACGUGAUGAGCAAGGAGUACCCGAACCACUAACUGCUAGUUAUACCAAUGGGAGCUUGUGGUAUCCGUUGGGCAAGGUUAAUUGGAUUCGUGAGGAGCGCCCUCGCGGGUUGAUUACAUACAUCACUGUCAGGAAUAAACAGACAGUAUUAAUUGUACGUGGUGUGAAGGAUCGUGUAGUUAUUACAUACCCCCAUGAGUUGCACAGCCUCAAAAGCAGCCGAUUUUUCCUUCUGCUUCUUGGAAACUCAUCCACUGGAUCAGGAGAGUCUCAGGGACUGCUUUUCUUUCGUCAGGACCAGGCACACAUUGACCUCUUCGUUUUCUUUUCAGUCUUCUUCAGCUGCUUCUUCCUAUUUCUAUCAGCCUGUGUCCUUCUUUGGAAGGUUAAGCAAUGGUUGGAUGUCCGUAGAGAACAGAGGCGACACCUGCAAGAAAUGAGUAAGAUGGCCAGUCGGCCAUUUGCCAAGUUGACAGUGUAUUUUCAGCCAGAUGUGGAGCUUUUGGGAGGGUGCCACCCAAGUGGACCAGUUUUACCACCACUACCACACCAUCAUCAUCACCAUCACCACCAUCAUCGCUCAAAACCUCGAGUAAAGUCAUAUGACCCUUCGGCUCCACAGCCUCCUUCUUUGCGCCACUCAGACCCUUUUUUAUCACAGUUAUUAGGCUACACAUAUUCCAGUUUUCGAGUGGGGCCCAUAACUCUUGAACCCACGGACGAUGGCAUGGCUGGCGUGGUCACUCUACUCCUACAACUUCCUGGAGGAGCUCAGGCUCCAAACAGAGCAUGUUUGGGUUCUGCACUGGUAACUUUGCGACAUAACCUUCAAGAAUACUGUGGACCCAGCCAUAUUGUAAGCAGCUCCCGAAAGGGACUUCUCAGCCAUGAGAACUUAACUAGCAUGUCCAUUUAAGUUUGGUGGGUGAUAAAGACAAUCCACCAAAGAAAAAAGACAUUAAACAACAAUUCUAAGAAAUCGGGAGGGGGGGGGGGGGGGGGGGGAACAUUCCCAAAUCGUUGUUACUUGGAGACUGUUACACAGUUUAGAAAAAAAACUUACAUUUGAAUGAACUUUUUCAGCACGAGGAAGAUGACAAUGGUUUAGUUCAAUAAACACUUAUUUUAUUUUUAUUUUCUUUCUGAGAAAAACUUGCUCGACACUACAUCAUAGUCCGUAAAGGUCCGUUUGUACGGCAGGAGCCCAAACAGUGCCUUGUACAUAGGCAUACAAAUGUAUCCAUCAAUUGUCCCCAAUUUAUGGUCUGUACAGUAAAAUGUCCAGUCUCUUAAGUAGCUGUUUAAAUUAUUUGAUGUUUCAAAUCCAUAUUGGAAGAGAACCAAGCAGAAAAAUAUCUACAGGAAGGGCUCCUUUCAGUGAUGGGAAAAAAAUAUUUAUUUAAUUUUGAUUGGGUUAUUACGUAAGCAUUUUAAACUUUUAAUGGGACAUGUUUUAUUUACCACUUCUCCCCCAACAUUUACUCACUAUGCCCCACCACCACCACAUAUAAUGUGGUAUGUACCUCACAGAUGCCUUUAAAACAGGCAGUUUCACAAGUACAGCACUUUAUCACAAUAGCUUAAAAUUCUCAACACUAACUACUGCUCCUGACCAGUGUCAUAAAUCGAUGGUUAUGUGUGUAAGGCACAGCACACAUACAGAUGAAGGGGCCAAUGCAAUUUUUUUUUUUAAACCCCUUAAGGACCAAACCUCUGGAAUAAAAGGGAAUCAUGACAUGUCACACAUGUCAUGUGUCCUUAAGGGGUUAAAAGCCAAGUGAUUUGUGUGCUUGGUUCAUCCUGAUGUCAGUAAAUCCCAAAUUUACCCAAAGAAAAUAUCAAAGGUUUGUAAUAAACUAGUCCACAGCAACAUACAUAAUCAUGUAGUGAUUUUUAUUUUUCAUUACCGGUAAUGUCAGUGUUAAAACCUCAUUGUACUAUGAUACACGCUAAAACAAGUCCACAUUUACAUGAUCAUUUGAAGACAGUAGAAAAUACAGCAAAAUUAACCAAUGCACUUAAUGUUGUUUAAGAACGCUGGAAACACAUUUAUCUGUCCCCAACAUUUGAACUACUUGUCUUAGGGCCACUUUUGCCGACCGAUCGGCAUGUAAGUUGCCAAAGGCAUAUUCAACAAGUUAUAUGGGGACUCAUACAGUGUUGUUUUAGUAGAGCAUUUUUCCUUACCUCCAGUUUCAACAACAUUUCUAUACCUUAAUAUUCUGCAUUGUGGAUUUCAGGGCUAGCUGUUCUAUUUACACAGUUGGUUUAUAGAUCUAAAUGGGAGUUUAUGUUGGUCAAUCUAAAACGGUUUGCAUGUUGGGUUAGAAUUUUUCAAACCAUUUAUUAUUUCCUUAAUGCAUUCUUUUCUUUCAUGAUAAUGCAUUUCACCUACAAGUUAUGGAACUCCUUAUGCAAAGACUUAGACACAUUUUGAACAGAUCUUGUCUUGUGACAACUGCACACCUGAAAAAAAAUGCCAUGUUAAACAUAAAAUGUGGCUUCAGAAAAGAUUGUGCUGAGCCGAAAUGUCGCCUUAAAGGUGUAAAAAUAAACUCCUCUUCUUGUAA